UCCCGGUCGGACUGUUUUUCCUGCAGCACUCUGCUGUCCUCUCGCCGAAGCCGAACAUGUCGAGCUCCUACAGAAACAGAAUUCAAGAAUUUAAGGUGGCCUUGGCUGAGGAGAAGAUUGAGCUGAAGGCUCUGAGGGAGCUCUGCUUCGGAGGAAUUCCAUUUGAGGGAGGAAUUCGAUCUUUGUGCUGGAAGAUUUUGUUGAACUACCUGCCUCUGGAUCAGACACUAUGGGACUCUUUCCUGAAAAAGCAGAGGGAGCUGUACGACCAGUUUCUGAAGGAGAUGAUCAUCCAGCCGGGAAUAGCCAAAGCCAACCUGGGCCUUUCCAGAGAGGACGUGACCAUGGAGGAUCAUCCUCUGAAUCCAAAUCCCGAGAGCCGAUGGAACAAUUACUUCAAGGACAACGAGGUUCUGUUACAGAUUGAUAAAGAUGUCAGGCGGUUAUACCCAGACAUGGCGUUUUUCCAGAGACCCACUGAUUUCCCCUGCCAGCUGAUCCUGGACCCUCAGAACGAGUAUGAAACCCUCCGCAGACGAGUGGAGCAAACUACACUCAAAGCCCAAACAGUUGACCGCAACCGCAGUGGAGUCACUAAUGUGAGUUCUCCAGGAAAGGCGCUGAACCUGUACCCCUCUAACGAGUACGAGGUGCUGCCGAACGGCUGCGAGGCGCACUGGGAGGUGGUGGAGCGGAUCCUGUUCAUCUACGCCAAGCUGAACCCCGGGAUCGCCUACGUUCAGGGCAUGAACGAAAUCGUAGGACCCAUUUACUACACCUUCGCCGCGGACCCCAACACAGAGUGGAAAGAGCACGCAGAAGCGGAUACGUUCUUCUGUUUCACCAACCUGAUGUCGGAGAACCGGGAUAAUUUUAUUAAGAGUCUGGACGACUCUCAGUGUGGAAUAACGUAUAAGAUGGAGAGCGUUUUCUCCAUGCUGAAGGAGAAGGAUGUGGAGCUCUAUAUGAAGCUGCAAGAGCAGAAUAUAAAGCCGCAGUAUUUCACGUUCCGCUGGCUCACGCUGCUCCUCUCCCAGGAGUUUCUGCUGCCGGACGUUAUCCGCAUUUGGGAUUCGCUCUUCUCUGAUCAGGAUCGCUUCGACUUCCUCAUCCUCGUCUGCUGCGCCAUGUUAAUUUUAAUUCGGGAUCAGCUGCUGGCAGGAGAUUUUACAAUGAACAUGAGAUUACUCCAGGAUUACCCCAUAUCGGAUGUCCACACCAUUCUGAUGAAGGCCAAGGAGCUGCAGGACAGCUCGUAGCCACCACAGGUCACUCCAGAGAGAGUAAUGAUGAUAACCGGUAACCAGGAUGACCACGGUGCCCCAUUGCACCCUGGGAAGGGAGGGAUGCCACCUUUUGCCAUUGCAGUUAAAGAGAACUCUAAGCCUCGGGCUGUCCCUUUUCUUAUGAGACAGUGUUUGUGUGGUCGGGAGGGGUGGGAAAGGUGGGGUAAGUGGUGGGGAAAGGUGGGGUAUAUGAGGGGGCGGGGUUGGGGGGACUGUUCCAGCUUUGUAUUGCACUGAACACUUGAAAAAUCAAACCUACAGACGGAGCAGAACAAAUAACAUUAACACUCAUUUAUCAGAGGCGUUUAUUAAAGUACAGAACACUCCGAAAACACACCCCCAAAACGUAGUGGCAGAUUACAAGUGAAGGGUUUUCAAAGUAUUUUUUUUUGUUUAUUAUAUUUGUCUAUUGCUUUUUACCUUUCUUUUUUUUUUUUAAGAGAAAAAUAGUGACCAUUAAUUUUCUAUGGUUUAAACGUGCUUACAUGGUUCAAUGGAGCUGUGCCAUCUUCCCUUCUGUGUUUGCACAUUGUGUUUGCAUAGCAACCACCUAGCAACACCUUAGCAACGUCAUAGCAACCACCACAAACACCAUAACAACAUAGUAGCAACCACCGAACAACACCUUAGCAACCACCUAGCAACUUCUUAGCAACACCAUAUUAACCACCACGGAUACCACGGACCGUACGUGGACUAGAGGGGUAGCCAUUAAAUAGCCAACAUGUUGCUGAUAUGGCACAAAAACCCUAACAAACAAAAACGGAUACCACAGCAACGCCUUACCAACCACCACAGACACUAAAGCAACACCUUAGCAACCACCACAGACACCUUAGCAAUGCCUUAGCAACCACCUAGGAACCGCUUAGCAACCACCACAGACACUGUAGCACGCACCUAGCAACCACUUAACAACACCAUAGUAACCACCAUGGAUACCAACCACGUAGCAACCACGUAACAACACCAAAUCAACCACCACAGACACCAUAGCAACACCUUAGCAAUCACUAAGCAACCACCAUAGCAAGCACCUUGCAACCACUUAGCAACACCAUAGUAAACACUGUGGAUACCAUAGCAACGCCUUAGCAACCACCUAGCAAGCAGCUAGCAACACCAUAUCAACCACCACAGAUACCACAGCAACACUUUAGCAACCAUCUAGCAAUCGUUUGGCAACCACCACAGACACCAUAGCAAAUGCCUAGCAACCACUUAGCAACCACCACAGACACCAUAGCAAGCGCCUAGCAACCACUUAACAACACCAUAGCAACCAACAUAGGGAACAUUGGGAGCCAUUUUUGCUGCGCAACCUGUCUAUCAUUUCUUGUUACAGUUUUUUUUUUUUUUUUUUUAUGAAAUAAAUCAUAGUGACAAUUUU